AUGUCUACAUUUGAAAGUCAACGAGAACGUUAUCGUCAUAAAUUAAUGUUUGAAUUAUUAUAUCAAGAAGAUGAACAUGUUGAUUUAAAAAAAUAUAUUCGAGCAUUUGAUAUGAGAUUAACACGAAAUUGUGCAUUUUCAAAAAUAAUUGGUGGUCCUGUGAUCGUUAUUGAUAAAGAUCGAAUAUCAUCAUUGUCUACAAAUAAUUCACGUUAUAAAACCGAAUUAUGUCGAUUUUAUAUUGAAUCUGGCUGUUGUCGAUUUGAUGGUGAUUGUACAUUUGCCCACGGCUCAGAAGAUUUAAGGAAUGCGAAUCAUAAAUCAGUUUUAUGUCGUUUAUUUCAUAUGACAAAUACAUGUCCUUAUGGUCAAAAUUGUGCAUUUAUUCACAAUGAAUAUUCAAAAAGUUCAAUUAUUGUUAAGACAGGUUAUACUUAUGCAUAUCUUCAGACAGAUAAUCAAUCAGAAAAAGAUGAAUAUCAACGUUCAAGACGUUCUAGUUCGGGUUAUGCAUCGAUUGACGAAUAA